AUGCCCCCUUUUGGAAUUGCCUGGCUUGUCGGGUGUCUCUAUGCAGUUUACUGCUUCAGAAGGGUUGGUUGUAAGGGUCCUGCAGGAUCAGAUGAUGCGAUGCAUAUGUUGAAACUUUGGGUCGCUGCGAGCAACAUGCGGCAGGGAAAAGAUGGUUUUGCGACUGGCAGCAUGGAUCAGACUGCAGUGGAUGGAUGGCCUACUUGGCUGGAGCAGUUCUUUUGGGGGCAGAGGAAGCAUGGCCACGCAGCACACAGACAAGGAGCUUGCUCCUCACAAAGCUGCGGGGAAAGUCCUCGUGCCCUUGAGCAGAGAGUGCCACUGGGAGACCAGCAGGCCUGGGUUCAGGAGCUUACAGCGAAGCUUUUUGCAGAGGUGUGGUUCCUGAGCACUGGCCACUUGCAGCAGCAAAGUUAUGCCAUGAGCGUUUUUGCAACGCCAACUGAACGAGGCUCACUCUCCUGA